AUGUCAACUGAAGAAGUAACAGAAGAACAGCAAAAUGUUCAGCCGGCCAAAAUGGCGCCGUCUGACGAAAGUGAAACGCCAGGUGCGGCAUUAAACAGAGCGGUUCGGGCAAAUGAAUAUCUCAGCGUUCGGCACGCUCUGCCGAAAACCAACAUUUCUAACGUGAUUUUGUACGAGAACACGAGUCAAGAGCGUCACUUGGUCAGACAACUUUCCAGUCUCACAUUACGGCGGGAAAGGCAGAAAAACGUCUUAGAUCUUCAGCGGCGAGCCUUCGUGCAAAAGCAGACGAGGAAGCAGAGAAAAUGGAAAAGAGAAGACGAGUUUAGUUUGAACAACAUGAACCUGCCAUCAUUAGAUAAAAACGCCGUCAAGCGACCGACGAGUAUGCAUAUUAUGUAUAGGAACCCGGACUAUCAGCUGAAAUCCAAGUCCAAAAAUGCCACAGAUGGUAAAUUGCCGCCGUUGAUGGAAGUGAAACGCGAGAAAACGGAAAUCAUAUUUCAUAAAAACAAAACAUUUAUUACUCGCGUUCCAAUGUCAUUUGCUCUUAACAAAGAAACCUUUAAACAUCACGUAAAAUACUGUGGACAAAAGUACCUAACCAAAGGUAAAGCCGCACAAGAUGACCGAUUUCAGAAACUAGACUCUUCUUUGAAUCCGACCUUUGGAGACCAGAAUACUUCAAAGGAUUGGCGUAGGCGUGGUUCGGCGUCUUCCUCCCUAUCCAGUCGGUCGUCAUCACGGACAAAGAAACGAAAACAGUCGACAAAAGUCGUCAUUCCCGCCAAACCAAUGUCAGCAACAUCGGGCAAGAGAUCUUCACACUCUAUCCAUUGUAAAAGUGUCACCAAAGUAGAAAGGUCGAAAUCGGACUUGGCACAAACUCGUGAAACAAGCGCUAUUAACAGAAAAGACAUCCUCAGUGAAUUCAAAAGUGGGGAUAUAAGGAGCCUUUCCAAAAAGCUUUCAGCAGUGGAGUAA